AUCAUUCUCACUUGAUCGGGCCCCGUGAGAGGAAGUAUUUUGAAAACACCCUGUACCAAAAUAAUGGCGACGAAAACCAACAUUGGAGCGGUGAUCCAUGGCGUUGAGGAUAUGCGAAUGGAGCAAGUCCCGAUUCCAACACCGCGUGACAAUGAGGUCCUUGUGGAGAUGGACUGCGUUGGAAUCUGCGGAACGGAUGUUCACGUACUGACUCAUGGAGGCUUUGGCGAGUACGUGCUGAAGAAACCCAUGGUCAUUGGACACGAGUCGUCCGGAGUGGUGAUCGGCGUCGGUAAGGGAGUCAAGCGUCUCAAGAUCGGUGAUCGCGUCGCGUUAGAACCGGCCAUCGGUUGUAAGGUGUGUAAAUUAUGCAAAGCCGGGCGGUACAACCUCUGCCCGGAUGGAAUCUACAGUGCCACUCCUCCGAUCCAUGGAACGCUCCAAAACUACUACACCCACCCGGAGGAUUGUUGCUUCAAGCUACCGCCGAAUGUGACCAUGGAAGAAGGUGCUCUGCUGGAACCGUUAGCCGUUGGGGUCCAUAGUUGUCGCAUCGCAGACAUUCAAUUGGGUUCUAAUGUUUUGAUUCUCGGUGCUGGCCCGAUCGGGAUGGUAACGGUACUGGUAGCGAAAGCCAUGGGUGCCGGUAAAGUCUGCGUUGUCGAUCUAGUCCAAAGCAAGCUGGACAUUGCCAAGGAAAUUGGUGCGGACUACACCCUGCAGAUCCAGAAGGGCGAUAAGGAAGAUGUGCUUGUCAAGAAGAUUCACGGUCUCAUGGGAUGUGUUCCGGAUAUCUCGAUCGAAUGUACCGGUGCAGAGCCGUGCGUUCGUAUGGCUAUCUUGGCCACGGAAAUCGGCGGAGUCGUCACGUUGGUUGGCAUCGGGUCGACCAACAUGAACCUCCCUAUCACGAUCGCACUGGUUCGGGAGAUCGAAAUACGAUCCGGAUUCCGGUAUGCCAAUGCCUACCCGCCAGCACUUGCCAUGGUGGCCAAUGGAACGAUCGACGCAACCCGCUUGAUAACGCACCAUUUCAAUCUGAACGAUUCGGUCGAUGCAUUCAAAACGGCUCGCUAUGGGCUGGAAGGUGCGAUCAAGGUCAUGAUCCACUGUCAGCCCCGCAAUAAAAACAAUCCGGUAAAGAAGCUGUGAAAAAUAAAA